AUGAAUUUCAAUACUUACCACCCCGGUUUGAGAAACCACCUAAACUUUAGAUAUGGAAAUCCCUCAAACCAAGCUAACCCAAAUUUUCAAGGAAGUCAAGGUAACUUUGCUCCACGCCAACCAUUCAAUAAUCAAAGUGGGUUUUCGGGUCAAAGUUCUUCUGGUGGAAAUGAGGUCAUGGAGAUGCUUAAGGCAAUGCAACUAGAGAUGCAGCGAAGAAAUCAAAUGGAUGAUGUUCGCAUGCAAAAAGAUGAAAUCCGUGACAAAGCUAUUCAAUCGUUGACCACUCAAAUGGGUCAACUUGCAAGUGACGUGGCAUUAUUGAAGAAAGCAAAAGGUCAAUCACCAAGUGACACAGUGAUAAAUCCCAAGAACACAAAAAGCAUUAAUAUCAAUGUCGUAAACACCGUUCUUAAUAAUGACAUUAAUGAAACAUUUCUUACUUCUUCUUGUCAAGUGAGUGCAGGUAUAGGAAGGGAUGCUGAGGUUGAAACGGACAAGGAGCGUGGAGCACCACUUGUGCCGAUUCGAGUGGGAAAAUUAAAAAUUCCCCAUGCAUUAUUGGAUUAUGGGGCGAGUAUGAGUGUGCUACCAGGUGACUUAUAUGAUAUGUAUGAUUUUGGUCCGCUUCAGGAAGCAGACACCAUGGUGAGUUUGGCGGAUGAAAGUUGGAGGCGUCCACGGGGAAUGGUUAAGAAUGUUAUGAUUCGGUUGGGAGAAUUCGAAUACCCGGUGGAUUUUCUGGUUUUAGAUUAUGCUACUACCAUGAUGGCGUCACAACAAAGGGUGAUUUUGGGUCGACCGUUUCUCUAUACGGCAAAUGCUCAAAUCGAUUGUAAAGAAGGAAUCAUUACCAUGACCGAAAAGAACCGUAAGUUGUCAUUUGAUGUUCAUACUAAGAAGAUUAGUUAUGAAUCUAUUGAAGAGAAGGGUAGAGAGACUAGUGACCAUAUGAGAAGUGUGCAUCAAAGAAUAAAAACAAACAAACCACCAGGGUGUGAAAGAAGUAUGAGGGUUCGAGCAGGUAUGCAGUUGACUAUCCACUGA